AUGAAACUAGCUACCAUUUCGUUACUAUUGGUCUCCAUUGGUGCAUUUUCUAAUGCCAAUUUCGAUACCAAACGUGAAGCGUUGUUUUUCCCUCCGAUGACAACCUUACAGGUUACGAUGUGCACCGUUACGAAUGGAAGGCUUUUUAAACCACCGAAAAAGGAUUACGCAGUCCGUCGGUUAGGCAUCAAUUUGGGGUUCCAGGUAAACUACAAUCUUCCGUUUCGUUUGAUGGACUUUUACAAACCAGCCUACUGGGCGCGUGCUUUGAUCGGUGUAGUGCAAGGACGGUUCCAGCCGACAACAGUUAUGACUGCUCGUGAUUUUAAACGAUCUGUGACACACCAAAACUCUGACCUCUCUGCUGGUCAGUUGUACCGCGCAGCGGAAGAACUGCUACAAGCUUUGCAAUUCGGAUCCGACUGCCUCGCAAAGAGCGUCUGUGAGCUGGCACACAGCCCAUUUCAUCGUGAAUCCAACCGGGAAGAUUUACUAACUGAAAUCACACAGUUUUUACUCACCCCUUCGAUGCAUCGUUCAUUUGACGAAUUGGAAUAUAAGGAUAGACUAAAAUAUGAAAUGGCGGAAAACUUAGGUGCUAGUGGUGCUGAUUGUGAGCUCAUCUAUGCGACUUGUCCCACUUCCCUGUUGGAGCAUUAUUCAAAACUUCAAUGA